AUGGCAGCCUCCAGUAGUCCAUAUGAUUUGUGGCUGUCAGAUAAACUUUUGUCGUUAAAUCCUGAUUGUGACACAGAUGUAUUUGUUUCUUAUAUUUCUGCAAUAUUGGAUGAAACUGAUACGCCAAUAGAAGAAAAGAAAGAAAGUCUGGGGAGCAUUAUUGGUGAAGUUGUGUCACAAGACCAAGAUGCAGUGUGUGAAGAGUUGAUUCAGAAAUGGAAUGAAUUUCAGAAACAAAAGAAAAAUUCAGCAGAAGACAAUACAGCUGAUUUAGGUGAUAAACUGUCACAAAUACUCAGUGAACGGAAACUAACUGUAGCAAAGGAAAGACAACUCACCAGCGAAGAGCUCGCGAGAAAAGAAGCCAUUUUAGCUCAGUACAGUCAAGUGUCUGAUGAGGAAGAUGCCAGCAGGCCUGAGGAAUCGACAAAGAAGACAGAAGCAGGUGGUGACUCUCUUGUCACUAAGAACGUAAACAAAGAGGCUGUCCUGAAAGCGGAGAAGGAAAAACGGGAAAAGUCGAAACAGGAGCAUGAAAAGAAGAAGGAGAAAGAUAAAAAAGAUCGUGAAAACCAGAAACAGAAAGUGCUGGACCGCAAAGAUGGCGAGAAGAAACGCACACAGAAAGGAGAGAAACGGCGGUAGCAGGAGUCGAAAUUAGCAUACUUAGAAUAAUAAAUUAUACAAAUAAAUUAUUUAUGAAUGUCACACCAAGAUUGUUAUACGAAAGAGGUUAUGUAUGAAUAUCUUCUUCUUCUUUAAAGUUAACAAUUAUUAAAUCCAGCAUUGGCUUCCACAUUUUCAAACUUUGCUAAACUUGUAAAGGGGUUAUGUUCGAAAAAACAUUGCAUAAUUGUUGUUUUUUUUUUUUUUUUUCGAAAAUGAAAUUUUUAAAGAUGUAUUGCUGUGACUGAUCAUUCAAUAAAUUUUACACAAACGAAAAAUCAGUUGUGGGAAAAAAUAAUUGCGUAAAUGAUGUACAAACAAAACUACUAUAUUAUGUAAAAUGGGUAUUAUUCAUGGCAGUAAAUUUUAAAUUUAAAUUUUUACAAUUUGGAAAUUACAGAUGGCUCAUGCUUUGGGAUUUUUGCUGUUGCAAAACAUUUUUUAUCUUGUUUAAUUAAAUAUAUAAAUCCAUAUUGUGAAACAUGCAUGUAUGUACUGUUAAAUUAAAAUAAAUACCUCAUGUAAUACCCUUUUUUGGUUGACUCGACAGAUAAUGCAAAAUUGCUGCAAUUACUUGUUUUUUCCGUGAGUCACUACAUGGUGCAUGUCAGGGAACAUUUUAUUCAAUGACUCGUCACGAUUCACUACGCAAAUUUCGGAAAUCACUACACAAUACUAAAAUGUUAAACAUUAAUUGUUACUCAGUUUUCAACUGAUCACCAACUGUCGCUAAACAUUUUUAAAAACGCACCAAUUAGCUGAAUUUACGAAGCCUGUUUUUCUUAAACAAAGGUGUUUAAAGAGACGGACCCUAGUUUCAACCCGUGAAAAUUAACACCAAGUUUAGUUAAUCUAC